CAGGACUUCCAGUCUUUGUUCCUAAGACAGAAACUCAGAGCAGAGAAACAAGAAGAAUGACUGCUUCUCUGGUAUAUGUGCCACAGAACAUUUGCAGCAUUGUACUUAGACCCCAGGAUAUCAACUGAGAAGGGUCUGUUAACAUUCAGAGAUGUGGCUGUGGAGUUCUCAAUGGAGGAAUGGGAAUGUCUCAGCUAUUCUCAGAGGGCACUCUAUAGAGAUGUGAUGAUGGAGAAUUACAGUAAUCUAUUCUUUUUGGAGAAUUUUCUUCACUGUGAGAAGGUGUUGAAUCAAGGCACAAAGCAUAUUGUCCACAAGUGUGUAACUAUCCAAGAAAAGUCUUACAAAUGUAAUGAGCCUGUCAACAUGAUUCAUCAAUCCUCCCAAAGUACACCUUCCAGAACCAAACAGUGGAACCUAAACAGAAAAGAAAUUGGGAAGACUGGAGAUGAACCUUGCAAAUUUAAAGACUGUGCAAACUUUCUGAAUGUGUUUUCCAUCAUUAGUCAAAAUGCAAGAAUCCAUAUAGGAGGGAAAGACCCAAAUGCUACAGAGCAUGAAAAUCUGUUUAACUCAGAACAAAAAGUCAUGCUGAAACAAAGUGACAGUAGUGGAAUAAACCCACACAGUUGCAGGGAAUGUAGGAAAUGCUUCAACAUGUACUCAGGUGUCAGUAGACAUCAUAGAGCACAUACUAGAGGGAAAUCCUAUAAAUGUACACACUGUAGUGAAUCCUUUCUUCAUUUGUCACAGCUCAAACUACAUUACAAAAUUCAUUACAGACAAUAUCCUUGCAAAUGUGAUAAAUGCUUUUAUCAUAUAUCAGGCUUCGAAAGACAUUACAGGAUUCACCCUGGUGGGAAUACUUUCAAAUGCAGUGAUUGUGGAAAAUCCUUUAGCUAUAUGCAGAUUAGAAAACAUCGGAGAAGUCAUACAGGAGAGAAACCUUACAAAUGUAGUGAAUGUGAGAAAUACUUUCCCCAGAAAUACCAACUUACAAUUCAUCAGAGAAAUCACACAGGAAAGAGACCUUACCAAUGUGCUGAAUGUCGCAAAUCCUUUAUCCAAAAAUCUAGUCUUGUUAUUCAUCUGAGAAUACAUACAGGAGACAAACCUUAUAAAUGUAUUGAAUGUAACAAAUGCUUUACUGUGUUAAGCAGUCUUAGAAGUCAUCAGAGAAUUCAUGCAGGAGAGAAACCUUAUAAAUGUAGUACAUUUCAUCAGAGAAUUCAUACAGGAGAGAAACCUUACAAAUGUAGAGAAUGUGAGAAAUGCUUCAGAUGCUUUACCUGGAAAAGUCAUCUAAUAAUUCACCAGAGAAUUCAUACAGCAGAAAAACCUUACAAAUGUAAUGAAUGUGACAAAUGUUUUACCUUUAAAGACAGUCUUAGAAAACAUCAGAUAAUACAUAUAGAAGAAAACCUUACAAAUGAAAUUAAUAUGGAAAGUUCUUUAUCAGGAAAGAUUUUAUUAGAACUCAGCAGAGAAUCAUAA